UAACGGCCGGCCGGGGUUGUAAUGCACCAUGCGUGUCUGGGUCAAGUCCUAAGCUGAAGCAACCAUCCUGAACAAGGCAUAUCACAUCCCUGCAUGGAUGGAUGGAUGGAUUAACCGGCCCGGAUCGGGGCGAGAUCGAUCGAUGGAUAAAUGGGGAGAUCAAGUGAUCGUCAAGGUGAAAUUUAGACCGGUGUGGUGUGUGUGUGGGGAAUUUGAUGAUCUUGUGUAGCUUGCAAUCCCAGGCACAUUUCUUGUUCUUUUGGUAAUUCGUUGGCCUCUCACUUUCCUGGGGUUUGAGAAUUUGAGUUUGUGAGUUUGGGCCGUCGUUAUUAUAUAUAGGUCACCAGUUCUUGGCAAUGGCGAUCAGAUCACAGUAAUCUGGUAAUUAGCCAGCUCAAGCGUGGUUGAUUAGUUGACUGAUCACGAGCAGUGACGAGUUGGUUGUGAUCGACGAGCUAGUUUUGUUGUGUGCAAUGGCGAUCGGCGGCGACGCGGGGCAGGUGGUUGGCGAUGGCGGCGCCGGUGCCGGCGACGACAACAUCAUCCUGAACCCGGAGUUCGACAGCGGGCUGGACAACUGGUCCGGGAGCGGGUGCAAGAUCGAGCUGCACGACUCGCUCGACGACGGCAAGGUGCUCGCCGUCAGCGGCAAGUACUUCGUGGCGGCGACGGGGAGGACGGACACGUGGAACGGCGUGCAGCAGGACGUCACGUCGCGGCUGCAGCGGAAGCUGCUGUACGAGGUCGCCGCCACGGUGCGCCUCUCCGGCGCCGCCGCGACGCCGUCGCCGUGCGAGGUCCGGGCCACCGUCGCCGUGCAGAACACCGACGGCCGGCAGCAAUACAUCAGCGUCGCCAAGUCGCCGGCGGUGUCGGACAAGGAGUGGGUGCAGCUGCAGGGGAAGUUCCUGCUGAACGGCACGGUGGCCAAGGCGGCGAUCUACAUCGAGGGCCCACCUGCCGGCGUCGACCUGCUGCUCGACAGCCUUGUGGUCAAGCACGCCCAGAAGGCCACGCCGGCGCCGGCGCCGGACUUCAAGAACCUGGAAUAUGGCGCGAACAUCCUGCAGAACAGCGACCUGGACGACGGCGUGAACGGGUGGUUCGGGCUCGGCUCGUGCGCGCUCUCCGUCCACGGCGGUGCGCCGCGCGUGCUCCCGCCCAUGGCGCGGCAGUCGCUGUCGCCGCUCGACGGCGACGACGGCGACGGCGACGAGCCGCUCAACGGGAAGCACAUCCACGUCACGAACCGGGCGCAGACGUGGAUGGGCCCCGCGCAGGUCAUCACCGACAGGGUGACGCCGUACGCGACGUACCAGGUGUCGGCGUGGGUGCGCGUCGGCGGGCAGCAGGCGGCCGGCAAGCCGCAGAACAUCAACGUCGCCGUCGCCGUCGACAGCCAGUGGCUCAACGGCGGGCAGGUCAUGGCGCUGGACGAGCGGUGGUACGAGAUCGGCGGGUCGUUCCGCGUCGAGUCGUCGUCCACGCCGCCGUCGCGCGUGAUGCUCUACGUCCAGGGCCCCGACCCCGGCGUCGACCUCAUGGUCGCCGGCCUCCGCGUGUUCCCCGUCGACCGCAAGGCCCGCGCCAAGCACCUCCGCAAGCUCACCGACAAGGUGCGCAAGCGCGACGUGGUGGUGAAGGUGACGGCGGCGGCGGGCGGCGCCGCCGCCGCCGACGGCGUGGAGGUGCGGGUGCGGCAGGUGUCGAACAGCUUCCCGCUGGGCGCGUGCAUCAUGCGGACCAACAUGGACAACGAGGACUACGUGGACUUCUUCACCAAGCACUUCAACUGGGCGGUGUUCGGGAACGAGCUCAAGUGGUACUGGACGGAGCCGGAGAAGGGGCAGCUCAACUACGCCGACGCCGACGACCUCCUCAAGCUCUGCGCCGACCACGGCAUGUGCGUGCGCGGCCACUGCAUCUUCUGGGAGGUGGACAGCGCGGUGCAGCAGUGGGUGAAGGCGCUGCCCGCCGACGAGCUCUCCGCCGCCGUGGCCAGCCGCAUCAACGGCCUCCUCACCCGGUACAAGGGCAAGUUCCGGCACUACGACGUCAACAACGAGAUGCUGCACGGGUCCUUCUACCAGGACAAGCUCGGCGCCGGCGCGCGCGCCGCCAUGUUCCGGGCGGCGAGCGAGCUGGACCCGGAUGCGCUGCUGUUCGUCAACGACUACAACGUCGAGGGCGCGUGCGUCGACGUCCGCGCGACGCCCGAGGCGUACAUCGCGCAGGUGACCGGGCUGCAGGAGCAGGGCGCGGCGGUGGGCGGCGUCGGGCUGCAGGGCCACGUGACCGCGCCCGUCGGCGCCGUCGUGCGCGCGGCGCUCGACCGGCUCGCCGUGCUGGGCCUGCCGCUGUGGUUCACGGAGCUGGACGUGUCGUCGGCGAACGAGCACGUCCGCGCCGACGACCUGGAGGCGAUGCUCCGGGAGGCGUACGCGCACCCGGCGGUGGACGGCGUCGUGCUCUGGGGGUUCUGGGAGCUCUCCAUGAGCCGCGACGACGCCCACCUCGUCGACGCCGAGGGGGAGGUGAACGAGGCCGGCCGCCGCCUGCUGCAGCUCAAGCGGGAGUGGCUCACCCGCGCGCACGGCCGCGCCGACGGCAACGGCGAGUUCAGGUUCCGGGGCCACCACGGCGCGUACCACGUCGACGUCGUCACGCCCGCCGGCGCCAAGAUCUCCCAGGAGUUCACCGUCGACAAGGAUGACGCGCCGCUCGUGCUCAACAUCACCGUGUGAUAAUAAGAAGAAAAAUGAAGUUUAUUAUUCUACAUAAUUAAUUAAUUAAGCCCAGAACGCCGUGCUACUAGAACAAUUAACUAAAUAAUGGGCUAGUCAAAUUCAUUUUUUUUAUCAUUAACUUGAUCAUGAUAUAUACGCUCACAAAAAUAUGGGAUAUAUAUCAUAAUUGUCGCGAAGAAUAUGCAACUAUAUAUGCAAGCGUGAAUAUCUACAUAUACAUAUAAAAUUGUGUGGUGUGUAUUGCUGUGUGUUAUUGCUGAAGAUAUAAUUGUAAAUUCUUCUUUUGGCUUCAAAAAAAAAUUUUAAUUUGCACUUGCA